AACUGACACGAUGGACGUAGACGAAAAGUCUGGCGAACUCAAGAUCAAGGGACAGGCUGCUGCCGAGAAGAGGAAGACUAGGGAGGAGGAAGAGGAUCAAGUAUGUCUUAUGGUCUCUCCACCGGCAACUCUCGCUCAUCGGUCGGUACAGGAUAUGCCUGAUCAGGCGGAACUGGAACGAAGAGAAAGCGAGCUGAAAGAAAAGGCGUUGCGCAACAAGGUCGUUAGGACGAGGAAGGGGAGCGCGAAUAUCGGAGGCAGCUAAAAUGACGGAGGCAAACCCAAAGUCUUCGUAUGGUCUCAAUAAUUUGCCAAAAUAGUCUUUGACUUACGUCCUCUGCACCGAGGGUAGGGUCGCGACUUGGUUUUGUGGUUUCUUCACGCCGGAAGGCGUCCCUUCCUGCAUGUAUCCUGUCAUCUAUCGUCUGCUAUGCUUCCGUUCUGCAUGAUCUGAUGUAUGCCUUUCCCACACGUCUAUGCAGGCUCCUGUUGCGACGCGGACAUAUGGGUCAAUGGUUAUAGAUUCGCCCAACCAUAUGAGCCCAAUGUGGGGGUCUUCUCUUGUCGUACGAAGGCGGUGUGCAUCUGUAGGGUACGUG